UCGCGCCAGGCCGCGGGGCAGCGGCAGCCCGGGCCCGCCCCGCCUCCCUGGGCCGGCCCCGCCGCCUCCGCAGCAGCGGCCGGUGAGGGGCAGGACGCGCCAUGAGCGGCUCCCUACUGCGUGGCCUGGCGCUGCGCCGCGGCUGCCUGCCCCAUCUGCCCUUCCUAGCCUCCGGGGUACUCCAGAGAAGGCCCCGCAUGGCAGCCCUGUGCCAUGCAUACAGCACCACGGAAGAUAGCUCUGCAAGACCUAUUGGACGAUACCCAGUGCCAAAAAAGAAGGACAUGCCAUAUGAUAUUGUGGAACUCAUGGAGGAAGUAGAAAUGAAGACUGGAUUUCUGCCCAAUGUCUUCAAAGCCUUGUCUCACCGACCUGAUGAAUUCAGAGCUUUUUUUGCUUAUUACAAUGCCAUUAUGAACAAGGAGACAGGGCAACUCAGCAAGGCAGACAAAGAGCUCAUAAUUGUGGCUACAAGUGCUGCGAAUAGAUGUCCCUACUGUGUGGUUGCACAUGGAGCACUUCAUCGGAUAUAUUCCAAGCAGCCAGCACUGGCUGACCAGGUCGCCGUGAACUGGGAGCUGGCCGACCUGAGCGACCGGGAGCUGGCGAUGCUGGAGUUCGCGCUAGCCGUCUGCCGAGCGGACACCAUCACCGACGAGCAUUUCCAGAAGCUGGCGGCGCACGGUUUCGACCGCGAGGACGCGUGGGACAUCGGCAUGAUCUCGGCCUUUUUCGCCAUGUCCAACCGCGUCGCGCACUACGUCGGCCUGCGCCCCAACGCCGAGUUCUACAGCAUGGGCCGGCAGCCGCGCGGCGGCGCGGGCCGAGAAACAUGACCGCGCCCGGCCUCCGUC